AUGGCCACUAGCCUUGACAAGACAAUGCAAAAAGCUAUAGAAUUUUCGCGUACAGGAAACUGGCACGAAAUGAAGCGCUUGGAAGACGAGUCUGUCGAUUUGUUAGAAUUACAGGCUUUACGCAGUGUUCAAGACGAGUUAGUAGUGUAUACUGACAAUGGUUUGCUCAGAGAUGGUCGUUUAGUGUUACCAAAAUCUCUCGCUAUCGCUCAUGAAGGGCACCAAGGAAUUAGUCGCACUAAAGCCCUAUUGCGUUCAAAAGUGUGGUUCCCUGGUUUAAAUGAUUUAGUUGAGAAUGUGCUAAAGUUCUGUUUAGCUUGCCAGAGCGUUAUCGACAAGCCUAGUCGUAUUGAACCGUUUAAGAUGUCCGAUAUGCCGAGUGGACCAUGGAAAAACCUAAGUGCUGACUUUUGUGGACCUUUACCGUCAGGUGAAUACUUAUUUGUGGUCACCGAUGAGUUCACUAGAUAUCCAGUGGUGGAGAUCAUGAAGUCUACCUCAGCUAAUGCAACUAUUCCUGUCCUAGACAAGGUCAUUUCUAUGUUUGGAAUUCCGAAAGUUGUGAAAACUGACAACGGAAGUCCGUUCAAUUCCGCUGCAUUCAAGGAAUACUCGGAAAACACUGGUUUUCAUCACCGAAAGAUCGCACCCCGAUGGCCUCGAGCGAACGCACAGGCGGAAUCCUUUAACAAGCCGAUGAUGAAAGCAGUUCGAGCUGCACAUGUUGAGAAGAAAAACUGGAAACAAGAACUGUACCGUUUCCUUCGUCAAUACAGGAACACCCCGCACCCGUCUACUGGAUUCAGUCCGUUCACUCUUAUGUUUGGUCUUGACACGAGGACCAAACUUCCGCAGGUAUCUAAGACUUCCAUUCGUGGCAUGGACGAAAUUGCCAGACAACAAGAUGAAUACGCGAGGCGGAAAAUGAAGCUGGGCAACAGGAGUACGACUUGA